GACGAGAGCCGCCCCAAUGAAAAACUAGAGAACAACGUAAGCAGGUUGCUCGAUAAACUAAUAGCCAGUCAUGAUCGACGGAUUCGUCCAAACUAUGGAGGUCCUCCUAUAGAGGUGAAUAUUACUGCACAUAUUACAACAAUCAGUGCGAUCACGGAGGUUUCCAUGGACUACACCCUAGAUCUCUACUUGAGACAAAUUUGGAAAGAUCCACGAUUGGCAUGGGAAAGUGAUGUGCAGUCAUCGUUGACAAUAGGUAUUGAUAUGGUGAAAACUAUCUGGACGCCAGAUACGUUUUUUCCAAACGAGAAAAAAUCGUUUUUCCACGAAGCCACAUCGCACAACUCUUUUUUGCGAAUCGAUAGUCAUGGAAAUGUACUGCGAAGUAUACGGUUGACUGUAACCGCCAAUUGCCCAAUGAAUUUGCAUACGGUAUGUAUUUACCUCUAG